AUGCGCACCGUCCUCGCACUCGCCGCCUUUGCCGCCUCCGCGCUCGCAUACCAGGUCACUGAGCCCAGCCAGACGCAGGGCUGGACGACCGUCGGCCCCAACAUCGUCACCUGGGACCGCGUCUCCACCGACACGACCAACUUCACCCUCGUCCUGACCAACCAGAACCGCAAUCUGCUCCCGACGGACGAGAUCCUCGUCGCCUUUGUCGACGGCACGACGGGCAAGCAGACCGCCAGCGAGCCGAGCGCGGGGUGGCCCGUCGGCACCGGCUUCCGCGUGAACCUCGUGCAGGACACGCAGCACCUGAGCACGAUCUACGCCCAGUCGAGCGAGUUCACGAUCGCGCAGUCCACCUCCAGCGUCGCCUCGUCCAGCACGCUCGCAGCGAGCAGCGCCGCCGCGUCCCGGUGA